CCUCUUCCCCUCGAGGUACCGUGAAAUCCCUAAUUCCCGACCACAAGCCGCCACUUGCGCCGCCCCCAACAUCGCGAUGCUCACUGCUCUCUCCGGCCGGCCGCUGCACCGCUACGUCGUCCUCAAACCCUCCCGCCGCCCCACACCACCCAUCCCCCACGAGCUCAAACCCUCUCCUCCACCAAGUUGCUCCAUCCCCACCUCGUCACCAAGAACCCCGGCGUCAUCGUCGUCCUGGGCACCGGGCAGAUCCCGGCGAAGAGCAGGCUCAAUCUGUGCCGGAAGCUCUUGUCGGCCGUGGCGGAGCACUGCUCCAUGCCAUCUCGUCUUUCUACUUCAGAAGGCCAAACUUUUACUGUUCAUAUUCAAGAGACCAGAUCUGGGGCACUUAGACAAGAAAGGAGAUGGUUUCAGAUAUGAAGUUAUAAAAAAUUUCAAGCCAUCAUCAAGCAAUGGAGGAAGCUAUAGAUCCUGGAGCAUGGAACUUAUAAAUCACGCUAGGCCACCAGCCAUUCUGGAGGCAUUGUCGCGACGCAGCAGUAUGGGCCGCUCGAUUAUUUUUUGGCUGCUGGCAGUCGGUUGUAGGCGAAGAUGAACUCCUGAUGGUCUACACUGUCCUGCUUUGCCAUGGAAGUAAAUGAGCCAACGUGUACCAGGGAAUAUGCAUAUACACCACAUCUAAUCCAGCACUAUUUUCUUGUGGCGACCGGCGAGGAGAAGAUACAAAUGCCUUCAAAUCCACCACUUAUCCCCACUACUAUUUCUUUGCCUAUUUUUUGUCUUCUCUCUAAUUAUGGUUCUUUUGUUUAUUUUUUAUUAUCUGCAGGCUAAGCAAACCUUGACUCUGGCUAAUUGGUCUUGGAAGCUGGAAACCAGUUCAUAUAUAAGAUUCCUAGGUGGUGGUCUACGUCUCUUAUUUUCUAUUAGUGAGUGCUCAUUUUCCUCAUCUGGAGCUAUGGUAUUAUCUUUGGUUUCAUCAUAUUUUCCUUCCCUGAUUUUUGUUGAUGCUUGGCUAUGUUAUGGGAUGGGACCUCCAUGUGCCAGUAUUUUUAGCCGAUCAGUAUGUGGUGCUAAAAAAUUAAUCUGUACAGAAUGACGUUGUGCACAUCCAACCCCAAGCAAU